UAUACAAAUAUUUAUCGAGAAGAUGAUUGAAGACGUUAAAAUUCAAAAAUAUUCUUCUGGAUAGACCGAUGAUCGAUGAUGAAAUCUAAUAUAUGAAGUCCGAUGAAGUGGAAUUCAGCCAUUGAAAUUGUACAUUUGGUCCGUAGAUAUAGCAGGGUCAUUAUAUCAACCUGUGAAUUCGAAGAGUUUCUGCAGAAAGCAGGAGGUUUCAAACCUCACUGUCUGUCACUUAGUUACCUCAAUCUUCUCUUCUUCCCCAAUUCAUGAAUCAUACGGUUUGAAUGGGUUGGUCCAGGGGACAUGAAAUCCUCUUCUUGGAUGUUAAUGAAAUGCAUCGCCCGUUUCCAGGCAUCACGGGCCAGCGUUGGGCGUCUAGCUGUUCAAUGUCCGCAACGGCUGUUGCAUUCACUUCCAUACUCUCACACUUCCCCUGUUGCAGCCACCGGAGAAUGGCAAUCUGUGUUAAUCGAUGAGUUCACUCGGUGCUGCUGCCAAAGGGACCUUCCAGGGGCCAUGGAAGCCAUGGUUUCCAUGCAGAAGAACAAGAUAUGGGCCGACCCCAUCACCUACUCCGAGCUCAUCAAGUGCUGUUUGGCCCGCGGUGCCGUUCAGCAAGGAAGGCUCGUCCACGCCCACCUUUUCUUCCGCGGCCACCGCCCCAAAACCUUCUUGAUGAACAUUCUGAUUAGUAUGUACGUGAAAUUUGGUCUUUUGGAUGAUGCACAAGAGUUGUUUGCUGAAAUGCCUGAGAGAAAUGUUGUUUCCUGGACGACGAUGAUAGCUGCCUAUGCUAAUUCUAGGCUAAACGAUAAGGCCUUGGAGUGCUUGAUUCUAAUGCUUAGAGAUGGUGUCACGCCUAAUAUGUACACCUACUCUUCUGUUUUGAGAGCCUGCCUUGGAUUACCCAUUCUUAGACAGCUUCAUUGUAGUGUAAUUAAGAUUGGGUUAGACUCGGAUGUUUUUGUAAGGAGUGCUUUAAUCGAUACCUACUCGAAAUGGGGUGAAUUGGAUAAUGCCCUGCACGUUUUUGAUGAGAUGGUGACCGGAGAUUUGGUUGUUUGGAACUCGAUUAUUGCUGGUUUUGCUCAGAACACUGAUGGUGAUGAGGCCUUACAUCUUUUUAAGAGCAUGAAGCGAGCUGGGUUUCAGGCCGAUCAAUCGACAAUAACCAGUGUGUUGAGAGCCUGUACGGGAUUAGCCCUGCUAGAAUUGGGGCAACAAGUCCAUGUUCUUGUACUCAAAUACAAUCAAGAUUUGAUCUUGAACAAUGCUCUUCUUGAUAUGUAUUGCAAGUGUGGCAGCCUGGAAGAUGCCAACUUUCUUUUUAGUCGGAUGUCAGAGAAGGAUGUCAUAUCUUGGAGCACCAUGAUCAUAGGAUUGGCCCAAAAUGGUUUUAGUCUCGAAGCAUUGCAGUUGUUUAAGUCAAUGGAAGUUUCAGGAACCAAACCCAACCACAUUACAAUCCUUGGGGUUCUGUUUGCUUGCAGCCAUGCAGGAUUCAUAGAAGAUGGGCAAUACUACUUUCAAUCAAUGACAAAGCAUUUUGGGCUUGAACCUACUAGGGAACACUAUGGCUGCAUGGUUGAUCUCCUUGGAAGGGCUGGGAAGCUUGAUGAAGCAGUUAAGCUUAUUCAUGAGAUGGAAUGUGUGCCAGAUGCUGUGACAUGGAGAACUUUGCUUGGUGCUUGCAGGGUACACCAUAACAAGGAUCUUGCUAUAUGCGCUGCCAAACAAAUUCUAAAGCUUGAGCCUCAUGAUGCAGGAACUUACAUAUUAUUGUCUAAUAUUUAUGCAAAUUCUGGAAGGUGGGAUGAUGUUACAGAGGUGAGGAGGGCCAUGAAGGAGCAAGGAGUUCAGAAAGAACCAGGCUGUAGCUGGAUUGAAGUAAAUAAACAGAUCCAUGCUUUCAUAUUAGGAGAUAAGUCACACCCGCAAAUUGGAGCUAUCAACAUGGAGCUGAACCAGUUGAUUUGGAGAUUAAAAGAACUGGGUUAUGUUCCAGACACACAUUUUGUCUUGCAAGAUCUUGAAGGGGAACAAAAGGAAGAAUCCCUUUCCUAUCAUAGUGAAAAACUGGCUAUUGUGUUUGGCUUGAUGAAUUUUCCAAGGGAGAAGGCUAUUAGGAUCAGGAAAAACCUCAGGAUCUGUGGGGACUGUCAUGUCUUUGCCAAACUGUUAGCAAAAAUGGAGGGUCGGACCAUUGUUGUCAGGGAUCCAAUCCGGUAUCAUCAUUUCAGGAAUGGAGUUUGCUCCUGCAGGGACUAUUGGUAGCUACAUGUGAAGCCAACGUUCUGAGGCUUUGCUAUUGGCAACUGCUGCACGGGAAAGUCGCCAAAUCUGCUUACUACUAAUUCAACUACAGACUAGAUAUCUACAGUCUUCACAACCACAAUGGUCCAGGUAACCAAGCAUUGAACAACGUGUAAGAAUAGCAAGAAAUGUGUUGGUUAAUUCUUGAAUAAUGAUAAUUCAAAUAGAAGCCAGUCAAUUUGUUGUAUGGUCAGGUUCUACUUGAUGCCCGUUUUGGCUUUUGGAUAUUCCUUUUGGAUAUUCCGUUGACACAACUUCCCAGUAAUCUAACAAGUAAAAAGGCCAAUUACAUAUACAUCUCGUCAAACAGUGAUCAUGUGUGUGAUGAGGUUGAUUUCCUAGUUGCCUUUUUAGGUACUUUUUAUUUUUUCUGUUGAGGUCUACGUUCAAUAUGAUCUAUGUAAUGGUUCAUAAGUUGUGGUUGUUAGGCAUGUGUUACAAACUGUUAUUGUUGGAUUUCACUUCACUGUGUAUCUAAUG